AUGGCAGCAGCUAAGCCUAGUGCUGAUAUUAAGCGUCUCAUCAGUACAAGUAUCACACUGAAAUCCAUAGACAGAAAAAGAGUUUCAGUUGAGUCAGAAAAUGAAUACCUCUCCAUCGAUCACACAAAGAGACGAGUGCAGGCAUCUGAAUACCAUUCUGUAGCCUCUCUGAACGUCCGCAUCCUGCAAGAUUCUGAGGUGACGCAUUCUGCAGAAAAAUCAUUUUCACAGACCUUGACAAGCCAGGCUACCAGGCCGCCACUGUCUGUUUCAAGCGCUCAGCGAUCUCAAAAUAGUUUUGAAAAGAUGCAGUCAAGUGAAAAAUAUACUGAUAAUUCACUAGCAAGUUUUACCAAAAAGAUAUUUCUCGGUGUAUCUGCCACUCUGAAUACUGAUUUGUUCACAAGAGAGGAAAGGGAUAAAGUGGUGAAUCUGUGUCCCACCUUGAAAAUAGAAAAGUCCUCAAUGGAGCUAGGUGUAGAAAAAGUGACAGGAGAUUAUGGUGCUAUCGAAGAGUUGCACCGUCAUUUCAGGAAGCUCCUUGCAAAGCCAUAUGACGGCGGUGAAUCCACAAACCCUCAGAAGCAGAAUGGUUUGGAAAGAAUGGCUACGAGUGAGCAGGAAGAAGGGAGCGAGAAUGAUGCUGAAGAAUCCUUCAACAUGGUAGUUCCUUCGGCGGUCUUUGAAUACUUCAGCCAUGUCUGCAAGGGAGAAGCUGAAGACUUGGAGCAAAGGUUUAACAUAAAGCUAACUAGUGUAGAAGACGGCAGCGGGAUGACGUCUGUACGAUUUGCUUCUGCCGGGAGCUCUAGCUGCAUUGAGAAAGCUCAGCAGACUUUUGUUACAGCUUUUCAGAGAGUAGCAGGAGACCUGAAACAGGAAAUCAUUCCUCUUGCCGACAUCCACCAGGUCACGAGAACAUCAGAAAUGUUAAACACCAAUUUUAAAAGCAUCCUUGUUAAACCUCAGGGAAACACAUUGAUUCUUCGUGGCCCUGCUAGGGAUCUUUCAGCUGCUAAGGAUUUUAUGAAAGCAAUGGAGGCAGAAAGCUUACCUAAGAAGCCUGAAUCUAAUUUUCUGAAAACUGGUAUUGUUGAUACAGAUGUGUUUGAAUUCUUGGAACCAAAGUUAGCUACGGAUAUCCAGCUUAUAAAGCAAAUGUAUGGAACACCAAUGGAGAAAAAGAAAUGCCUCAGGAGUCAAAAAACACACAUCAUUUUCAAGCCUGAGACAAAGAAGAAAAGCCCAGAUCCGUCAAAGGCUUAUGAGAUGUUCUUCAGAGCUUACCAGAAGGCUUUCGAAGCACAUACCGCAAUAAAUAUCCCCUUGAAACAUUCACUGGAUCAGGGGAGGAACAUAAACAAGUUCUUCGACCAUUUGCAAAGAGAAAAUCCCAAAGUUCUUCUGAAAAAAACAGAAGAUAAAUUGACUAUAUUUGGCCUUCCAGAGCACGUGCAUUCUACUGAAAAGCAUAUUCUACAGUUUUUGAACACUGACCUCCCUGCUCCUCAUUCAGGCAAAGCUGGAAUGAGUUCAGGAGCAUCCCUUGAAUACAACAGUGGCCGUAAAGGGUACUCGUCUCCUUCUGGAGAUCUGUCCUAUGCAAAGGCAGUAAAGGCUGAACCAGAAGAGGAGAAGUGCUCCAUCUGCAUGGAUAAAAUUGACCAGAAAGAAGUGCUGCCCAAAUGCAAGCAUGCAUUUUGUAGGGGAUGCAUUCAAACGGCAAUGAAAUAUAAGCCAGUCUGCCCUGUGUGUAACAUGUCCUAUGGGAAGAUAGAAGGAAAUCAGCCACCAGGGAAGAUGGAUAUCAGUAAAACACGCAUGCCUCUUCCUGGAUAUGAGGGGUCUGGUACUAUCACCAUUACAUAUUACAUACCUGAUGGCAUUCAAAAGGAAAACCAUCCAAACCCAGGAAGAAGAUUUAGUGGAGCAACACGGACAGCAUAUUUACCUGACAACAAAGAAGGAAGAGAGAUUCUGCAACUGCUUCGACGGGCUUUUGAUCAGAAAUUGAUUUUCACAGUGGGCCAGUCGCGUACAACUGGAAUGAGUGAUGUUGUUACCUGGAAUGACAUUCAUCACAAAACUAGCAUAUUUGGAGGGGCAAAUGGGUUUGGCUAUCCUGAUCCUAAUUAUCUGAAGCGUGUACGAGAAGAAUUGAAGGCAAAAGGAAUUGAAUGAGUGUUUUUUCCAUCACCGUCCAGAAUGUGUUUCUGUUAAAAUAUAUACCAUUUAUUUCAGCGCAUUGCUAAGAUGUUAAGAGGGAAAGUUAAAAUGGUCUUUAGAAAGUGUUGCCACUUAAUCUACUGCAGGAUUGUGAACUGCAAAAUAUCUCUUGCCAUAGCAAUAAGAUGUAUGGGGUUUUAAAUAGAACUGAGAUCUGAACACAUUACAGAAUCCAAGUCUAUUAGCAUAAUUUAACUUCCAGAUUACUGCUUUAAGUAGAUACAUGCUAUCUAGUAUAUAUGUACAUGAUCAGGUUAUAAAAGUCAUAUUAAGGAAGUAGUAUUACAGCUUGCAGAAUUGUGAACUGGAGUAAAGAUUCCCCAUUUCAUUUUGUGGGAAUGGGCUCUCUGUUCUGUGUUUGUUAUACUGCAAAACUAAAUGGAAACCAUGUUAUCAAAAUAUGACUCCGGUGUCUGUUUCAUGAGGACAUGGAUCAUAGUCUGCUACUCAUUGUGGGAUCUGA